AUGGCAAAUAACUUUAAUGUAUGCUCUCCGGUUAUUUCUUUAGCUUUAAUUCUAAUUAGGAACACUAUGCUCAUUCCGAUAUCUGGCGUACAAAUGCUAAAGUAGAAUGCGGGAGUCGGUCAUUCCUGGAUGACUGCCUGGAUAAUUCCAGUAUAGCCGUACUGAAUCCUGAUUGUGGACGUCCAGAUGCCACUCAAAAUAAAAUCUCUUCCGUCUGGCCAGGGGCGGGCUUGCACGACUCCCCAAACACCUUAUCUUACGUCAUUCCGUCUGAUCCCCUCCAGGCCGGCAAAACGCUACUUAGCCAGGGUAUUCCUACAACUUUUGACCCAGGUGCUUUAUUUCAAGAAAAGACAAUGGUGGAUCUUGAUAAUAUUCCAACGUUUCCGACCGAGGUCAACCGUCCUACUGACAGCCAGCCGGUCCAUGAAUGCCCUGUCUGUAGUAGUUCCUUUUCGAGCGAACCCAAUCUCUUGGUUCACAAGCUUGUGGAGCACACAGAAUCGUAUUUUCCCGAUAUGUCAUCAUUCAUCUGUCCAUUUUGCCAAAAGAAAUAUAACAGGGUUGCUGCAUUUAGAUGCCAUCUCCAAUUCCACAAGACGGAAGAGAUCUCAUGUCCAAAGUGUUCCAGGUGCUUUAGUUCCGAUGAACUAUUGUCGACUCACUUACUCACUCACAAUACAACUUCAUGUAUAAAGGACUUGGAUGGUGCGGACAUAAUUCCUCUGCGUUCUCUGUGCUGCCGGUUAUGCAAUACAGCAGUUUCAUCAGUUGGUGACCUUCGGAAGCAUUACCGCCUCUCUCACCCUGAUAGCCUGAAAAAGACCACAGUUAAGAGUAAGCCGAAGGCAACUGCGCCGCCAACCAGGAUGUCUCCCUCUGCUGAUAUGACAGUUUCCACUGAACGCGCCUGCAGGAAGAGCAAGCUAACGGCCGUUGAGUUUUUCAAGAAAGUAACAAAUCAACCACGAAAGAAGAAAGGCGAAGAUGGGGAACUUAGUAGUGUCCUGACAAACCUUCCUUCCAUCACCGAUUUGUGUGACGCAGAUAAAUACAUUCAGAAAGUGCCAAAAAGCCGGAAGAGAUGUGUUUUUGUUUGUUUGAUAUGCAACAAAAAAGGAUCUUCAUUUUACGCCGUGAAGCGACAUCUGUCUACGCACACCGGCUCGAAACCGUACUCCUGCCCUAUUUGCUCAAAAUCAUUCACACAGAUGUCUUCGGUGAAGACACAUAUGGUUGUUCACAAUGAUUCUGGACGAUUUCGCUGUGAAUAUUGUUCUAAAAUAUUUAAUUAUCAGCACAAUUUAACCGUACACCUGUGGAGACAUCACAAGAAUAUCUAUAACCAAUGCAAGUCGCAGAAUACUGGCGUAACUAUUAAGGAGAGUCCAGAAGGUUUGAAUGUGUUUGACGUGAAGCGGGCAAACCUCUCUGUAUUCUCAGCGAUAGCCGUCCUUCUGUCUGUCCUCUCCUCCAGCCUCCAUGGAUUUGAUCUGCCCCUCCACUGUCGCUUCUGCUCUUUCUCCUUCAGACACAAAUCGACACUCCUGUUACACCAGCGUCUUCACUUAACUAACUCUAGUUCGUUUCCGCCUGUCCUUCAUCCAAAUCUCAGGAAUCGUUUCUACAAGGGCCUACAUCGGAGCAGAAGAGGACCUACCAUUCAUUCAAAAACGAAAACAUUAUGUACCUCGUCUUCUGCGCUUUUUGAAAAUCUCAGGACUCAUCCUCGACUUUUUCAGUUGCUUGAAUCCACUCGGCAGAAACGUCCACACGUCAGCCUGUGCAAUAAAAUAACCCAUGCUGUAAACCUGUGCAUCUUUCAGAAACGUCUAGCCAGGCUCCACUUUUCUCUACCUCACCUCGGAUAUUCAUCGCCCCAUCAUGGUUCUCAACAAAUGGAACGUUUUUAUUUGCGCCGGCAACUAUUAAAAGAAUUAAUCCGGCGAGCAAGUCCAUUUACUCGCGUUUGUGCUUUGUGUUGUCAGGCUUUACCAAGUAGCCGUAUUGCUUUGUGCCACUUCGUGAGCCACUUUCUUUCCCAGAAUUGCAUAUGUCCUCUUUGUAACCAGAAGUUUCACUGCGUUUCAGUUUGCAUUCUUCAUCUUCGAAUAAUUCACAAUCGCCGAAAAUUAUAUCCAUUUUUUGAGUGCAGUGGAACUUUGCCCGAGUUCCUUAGGGAGAAAUUGGUCUCCCCCACACCCAUGAAACUUCGCAGGACCCAAAAUCAUAAAGACCCACAAAAUGGAUCUCCCAGCAAAAUAUUCUAUGAAAAUGGUCCUUCCCAAUCACAGGAGAUUCCAGACGUUUGUCAGAUGGACCAGUUUGCAACUUCAGAAAGUGCCGUGCCGAAAAGCUCUUUCUCAACAUACCCUCAAGACGCAUCACACUACCUUGAGGCUGGCCCUGCGAACUCUUGUCCUAAAACAACGAAUGCGCCUGAGUUGCCGCCUGUAGACGAACUUCUACAGAGCACUCAAUCGUUAGGUGAUUUCAACGGAACCGAGCCUGUUCUAGAGGAGGAGACAACAUGGCUUGGCCCUGCCAUUGCGACAUCGACUACUCAACCACAUCUUACUCAACCAGCUUUUGUUAUCCUACCAUCUGACUCGUCUAUCACAGGCUUUGUUCAAACGGAUCCAAACUUACUUGUUACGGAUGAACCUGCGGGCUUAGCACCUGACCUAACUGGAGGCUCAGUUCCCGUCGUGAAUCAUGUCGCCCAAUCCUCUGCGCCAUUCAUAUUUGGUCAGACUGUGUAUGAACUACAGUCCGGAGAUAUUUUCGUCCUUCCCCAGGGAACAACUCUUGGCCAGAUGGAGGAUUACAGUCCCCGUAUCUUCUGCGGAGAAGCAGUUGGGUACGUUGAUGCCCAAAAUCUACCCCAGCUUCAAGUCUUUGAGUCAGAUCUCUCCAAUCUCGAUUUACGUGGUGACUAUGAGACCAUCGAUUCAGUUAAUUUUGGCCCACCAGGCGGAGAGCAGCUGGCGCGUUUUGAUCCUGUCUGUGAAGCUGACAUUUUGAAUGGUGCCGGUUCAUCAAACUUUGCGCAGACUGAACCUGCACCUGACGAGCAGACACAGGUGCAGUCCUUUGUGCAAGAAAACACCAUGCUUUCCUUGCCCACUGUUGUGCCUACUGGACCUAUAAUGACUACUCUGUCUCAGAAGGAUGCGCUUAAUUUGUCUCAAUCAGUGCCCACCUACCAUGUAAUGCAACAGGACAUCCCUCUUCCCACCGAACUUCCGAGCGCUGCAUUUUUCGGCUGCCUUCAAUGUUCUUCACAAUUUUUCUCUGCCUCAGAGCUGCAAAUACACGCCAGCACCCAUUCAAUUGCUACUAACGUCGCUGUCUGCACAGUCUGUUACGCGGCCCAGCCGCGACCCCCGAAAGACGGCUUUUGUUCCGUCUGUGGACAAAACGGGUUUCAGGAAGCACAGAACAACUACACUCUUUUCAACUCCGCCGCUGACGGAUGUCGGUUCUACUGCGCCCACUGUAGUCAGACAUUUCUAGAUAUUGCCUCGCUGGACCUGCAUAUUGCCCACCUCUCGAGCGACGAACCGGGAAAAGUCCUCACACAGGCCUGCAUGCAGGUUGAGGCAGGUCGUAACGAAGACACUACUUUAAUCGACCAACCGUCCCUACUUCCGUCACCUCAUCCCCACCUGCAGCAACAGCAGGCUUCCGAAAUGGCCGACGCGCCAACUAACAAACCUAGAGGUAGCGACCGCACAAAGAACGUCCUGCAGCUAUCAGAGGAGCAGAUCCAGAAGUUAAUGCAGUUGGAACCCACUCGCUCAAAUUCCCUCUCCGAGCGUUUUCUUAUUGAGGUGAGCUCUGCACUAUAUAUACAAUACGUGACCUCACUGAUCAAAAAGCCAUCGAUUAAUCGGGAGCUAAUUCAAUUGCAUCAACGGAAACACUAAACUAAUAAUAAACGACGUCUAUUUAAACGAAAACGCAAAAUAAAUACUUGAAGUGGCGUUUCGUCUGUUAGAGAUAACUAUUCCCUGAAAAAGGCAGGACUGCCGAAAACACGAAAAUGCGUGUAAAAUCAGUAAAGUUUUAGAGGUACUUGCAGAAUGUUCAUGCAACCAACUAACUAGCUGUAACAUAAUUAGCACAAUAACGCUUAAAAUGUCAGCGUUACAUGUAUUUGAAUUAAAUAUCGUCCAUCGAUUAAUGAUUAGUGGAGCAUGACACAUAUUUAAGUGUGCAAUGUAUAAUUAUAGGUUCUAAAGCUGUUUAAAGUGUGUCUGCUGAUCAUGUUACAGGACUUGCUCGUCCCGUUGUGUCUUGGUGCCGGAUCUAGAGUCCUCGACGACAAGAGAGACUGGAAUAGUCAUUUCUGACUUAAACUUUGUAUUUGAUGCAGCUGUAGCCCAUAUCUAAUCAAACCAGCCUCCACAGUGUCACAGAUUGUACCACUACGCGUGGCGAUCCACGACAGCGGAUCUGGAUAGCUCAAUCCAUUACCUUUUCCAACGAUGGAGACCGAAUAUCAAGGGCCCAAGAAGCACGCCCACGUCUUGACGAACUGUGUCGAGAAACGCUGAGGUCGUGAGGCGGACGGUGAUUAACGUGCCAAACCACCUCAGUCGUAUUUCUUGGAUGGCCUGAGAUAUCCUCGUGAUGCUGUCACAGCGAUUGCGGACUGUGUCAUUUUAGAUGAAGUUGGUUUACUUCACUCGAAGGACGGUUUUCAAGCAGAGGCAGUUAGCUAUCUCCAGUUUUAGCUUAUUUUCCGCGCGCAUAACCGAGCAUUGACAACCGUUGAGGAAGACUUAACAGACUUAUGCACAGUACACGAGCACCUUCAUGGCAAUGUAAAUGUCGCGCCAAGUCCGUAGACGCUUUCUAACGUUUCAAAAUAUCCCACAGGCAGCGUCGAUUCGGGAAACAUUGUCGUCCCUACUGUGUCCCUACGCUAGGUAUUUCAUAUUGUCUACUUCAACUUGACAGCCAUGAAUCCCGUGAGAGGCCUUCCUCUGGUUGGGAUCGCAGAUUGGAAGCACUUUGGUCUUCUCAGCGUUUACGGAUAAACCGACCGAAGUGGCCACUCCAAUCACCCGUAACACCACAGACUGAGGCCAGCAUGGCGAUUGAUCAGACUCAACACCGUCAAAGCCACGUAGGACCCAUCCGAGAGUCUAGUCAAUGACGUAGCUGAACAGAGUGGACGAACGCGAGAGUGGAUAUCGAACGAUUGGGAGAGAUCGUUAUGGACCAGAACUCGCGUAGUAGUGAGGCAACAGUUGGUCUUGAUAAUGGCGACGAUUUUUACCGGUAUUCCAUCCAGUUCCAUCAUCCGCUUCAGGGAUACGCGAUGGACAUAUUCGAACACAGCGGCGAAAGCAACAAGACGGAGGGCCGUCGAUUGUUGGUAGCUAUGACGGAAUUCUAGACUGGGCUUCAGUGUGAAUAUCUGGUCCGCACGUCUACGCCCAGCUCGGAAUCCAACUUGGUUGGUGUUAGGACGGCCCUAAACGGGACGCACCAUUCUCGUCGUCUGACUGUUAUGCGCGAUGUGGAACCGUCAAAGAUCGGGUCCGCCCUGCCUACCAAGCCCGCUCCUGAUUCAUAAAUCAACUCGCCGUCGGAUUAUGCGCGGCCACCAGGUGCCGUGAACGCGCAAGGGUCUGCCCAUGCGGGCGCUCAGAGAUCAGCCAAUAGAUACAUGACAAGACCCUUAAGUACGUCGUCAUGGGCAGAAGGGUUGAGAGUUGGUGUACACACAGCGAUUGUCACAGUAAGGCCGUUCCCUACCAUUCUGCCUGUCUUCUCUUCCACGCAGCAAUUGGGGGAAUAUAACAGUUCGGCCGCGUCCCAUAGUAACUCACAGCCCGGGAAUUGCCUAAGAAGAACAGUAGCGAAGGCCUUCACAGAGACGUGAGUAAGGUUUAUGUCGCGGUGGUCCUCGUACCUUGUCUUAUCUCUCUUUCUGCAGACAGGUACAAGGAUGACUAAGCCCCAGCCAUCAGGGACGCCAUCUCUCCGAGCUUGCUCAAUCACCUCAUAGUGCCAAGGUACCAGAGUGUCGACAUAAGACUUGUAGUUUUCUGCAAGAAUACCGUCCUCUUCGGGCGCCUUGUUGUUGCGCAGCAUUUUCACUACGUCGGCAACUUCUUCCUCAGAAGAUGGUCGCACGACACUGCAUAGACAGGAGGGAAAUAAGACCUCGCUAGAGGGACGCGAGGGUGUGAUAGGUUGGUCAUCGAAGUAGAGAAGAUCCUCGGAGCGAUCAUGCUAUCGUUCGACCUUGCUUGAGUUGUGAGCAGUGAGGCCGCCAUUCAUAUGGCGAACAGAGCCACUCAGUGCAGCGACCUUACUACGAACUUGAUGGAUAAUUUGGUAGAGUAUUCGAGUGUUCCCCAUAGAAGUCACUACUUCAGCCCAAUAUCUCUUCAGGUCAUCCCUAGUCAACUUUACCGUCUUUUUCCGGAGUUGGCGGAAGGGGUCCUUGUUGUGAGAUCUGACCUGAGCCGUUCGAGCAUACACUUGCAAGGUUCUCCCGCUGAAUCAUUCAUUGCAGCGUCGCCGAAUGUAUCCCAAAGUUUCAUUACCUGCCCUAUAGACUGAUAAUUUUAAUUAUGACCACCGGAUACUGCCUCCUCUGUUGGCUCGGGUCGUAAAGUAAUACCGGAGUUCCCUGCUUAGGGGGUCGGCAGUGCUGGGUUGUCGAAUUUUGGCGACAUUAAGGCGUCCCUCAUGGGACACUUUCGGUGCAGAUAAGAGAUAAACUUUCAAAGUUUGCGAACUAGAGCAGGAUCCUACCCAUGGACGUUAUCUAUUUCGGCCCAACGCAUGGAUUCGUUACCGGGAAUCCAGCUGCUGAUCCUUAGUCAGACUGGCCGUAUGAUCUCGUUUGAGUAUCAGGUUAGCAGAUGUUUGUGACGAUGCUGGGAGCACGGUAUUCGAGGGUCAAGCCUAAAGUGACCGAUAAUGUGACUACUUAAAGAGUCACUGAGUCCAUUCCAGCCCCUGGCAAAAUUCGGCAGAUCACGGCGGUGGAGUCCUUCGACCUACUUUUGCAGCUGAGGGUCAAAAGCCUCUUUAUUGCACUGUGCGGCAGCUGAUUUUGGUGCGUACACUGAUGCGAUAGAGAUGCCCUUAAGGGCUUUAGUCGCGCGCAAGCCGUCUGGUCAUUGACUGGUUCUCGUGCAAGUUGUGCAUACUUCUCCAUAUCGUGUCUUCCAGAAGAUUCGCGUGGGCCGCUGUCGUACAAGGUAAAGUGGAAGUUGACUCCGAGGAUCUUUAUUUCCCGAGCGCCUAGGUCGGGGUUUCGGCCUUCAGACAGACAACAGACAUCCACGUUGCACUGAUGAAGACUGCGCGCCAGAAUACGAGGGUCCAGGAGCGUUCACGCCCUUCAAAAUUCAGUACAAAAGCCGUUUCUGAUCGAGUAGUCCAACUCGCAUGCUUUUCGUUAAUUGGCCGUCGCAGGCCGGCUUACCCAAACCCAGUUUUACAGCGCUUGAGUCUGGAUCCCGGGUUCUUUGGUCAUCAGGCGUUAUUAAGUCCAACGCUCCACCAAUUUGGCCGUAGGCUUGUUAUCUUGUCGGUUGCGAUUGGGAAUAUUAACCACCGACACUACUGCUAACACUUACCGCUACUACCAACACCUGUUAAUAUCAACUAUCUAGUUAGAGGACAUGCUCAGCCCGUUGUGCUUUGGGGUUCGAUCCCCUUCUACCUAUACUGCUAGUCGCUGUGUGGCUGCCUGCGGGACACAAGAUCGGACCCCAACGCACCACGAGACGAUCACGUCCCCUAACCCGAUGCGUGAACGUGUGGGGGCUAGGCGGUGUGAGUGUGUGCCGCAUGUGAGCUACAAUCGUCAGGCCAGAUGCCAAGUUGAAGGGAGAAGACGGAAAUCACCAGAAUGAGGCGUUGAUUGUGCACAGAACCCGGAGUUGCCCUCUCAGGCGGCAGUGGCCACUGGCGAAGCCAGGGCUGCGUCCAGUCAUGCCUGAGAGUCCCUGAGAUAGUGGUGGCGGCCGCUUUUGUAGGCUCGUGGCCCAAGCUCAAGUGGUCUCCAAUCGGUGUGUGUUGCAUUUGCCGAGGGGUGAUGUCCCAGUGACUUGUUUUGCUGGUUGCAGGGGUGGCGCAUGGGCAGUCGCUACGCCGUGUGGACGCAACUGUGUCCGAGCUGAAGUGGGUCGAGGAGUGGUGUCUCAGGGGCAUAGAUUGUGGUUUUAGGGGACAGGGUGGAGAUGCGUUCAAGCAGCCUCAUGCGCAGCUGCAGCUGUGCGGACACAGGUAUGCCGAGCUGUCAGUCGUGUGACUUCAGGUCAGCUCGUCUGGGACGUCUCGCUGCAAGGGGUGAGUGACCUUGAGACAGCGAGGUCUUGAACAAUGACACCCUACCGGUCAUGAUGGCUGCCCCCUACAAACGCACUUCCAGCAUAGUAUUCCUAAUCGCUGCACAGACAUCCCCUCCAUAAAAUGUAGUGUUCGCCAGGUUGUUUUGGGCGCCCGGCUGAAAUUGCCUAUUUCUCUUUAUUUUUAAUCGUCUUAUGCAUCGACGUCGAAACCGAAUGCGUACUCAUUCUAAGGACAUAGUCUGAAUAACAAACUCUAGCUUACGGUAUAACUUUGGUUAUCAGAGCAGUGACUUUUUGACCGAUUGGAUGCGUGGCACGCGUAGACAUGGAUUCGGUCAGUAUGUCCACACUCAGAUCAGGUCUUCUUUAUCCCGUCUUGUUACCGCAACAUUGUUGAGAGAGUGAGCUGAGUGCAGCAAAAGUUGCCGCUGCGUCCUAUCCGCGACAGUGCUGAUCCUCAUUGCUUGCGAUGGAUGUUACGUCGUACUGAGUGAAGAAAGGCUCAUGGCUGUUUCAUUUUAUCUUAAUGUCCCAAUGUACAUCCGUCAAAUGGAGACUUCUGCUAGGCUUACCCCCUGUCAGGCCCCGUAUUGUGGGCUAUCCUAAUCAACAAAUGUGGAGGGCAGGCAUGCCGCUCAUCGUCCUCAUGGAAAGUUAUUUGCAAAUUUGACUUCCCGAACUUUCAGAACUUUGGGGUGGCUACGCCUGAUUACAAAUCUCACGUUAAUUUCUUCGUGAGCACCUAAUUACGGAACCACUUCCUGUUUAAGGCACUGGCUCUCUGUUUGCUGGACGUAGGAGAUGUAGAUUCUAUUCUUCGUCGAUAGGCGAACAUUUUCCGCAUCUGAUGGACAUAUUCAGUGCAUCCUCAUGGGUGACGCCUUCAAGGAAAUGAAGCAGUCGCUUUAUUGCCAUCUGUUACUCUGCUUGCCCAUUUAAAUCCUAAAGAUCCCUUCGCAUUUUAAUGGUUUAUAUCGUGUCCUUUAAACACGACGGUAAUUCUGACCUACGCUCGCGGAACCCUGUGAAGACAAAAUUCAUUAAUAGUUGAAUUUGUCUUUUGACACGCGGUACGUGCUCUGGACCAGCACAGAGGCUAGAUCGGAGUCCGGCAGGCAUUAUCGGGCAUGCACACCUAUAACAAAUGCCAACAUUGGGGGUGUGGCGGCACACUAGGGCGCAGCCGCACCCCGUACCGAUCGAGAUCCGAGUCACACCCCUAUUUUUGUUGUAGAAAAUCCUGGUCAGUGUAUGUUGUGGACCUUGUGGUGUGUGGGACGCCUAUGUACGGCUUUACGUCGUGCCAGCCACCUGCGUCCUCUCGCGCCUCUGGUUUUCCAGCCCGUCGUGACACCGGAUUUAGGUAGGGGAGGAGGAGUAGAGAGUGGUAGAUGCGGCGCAACUCACCGUCGCUGAUCUCACCCUGCCGUGGAGCACACGCUGGACAUCGUUGGCAGCGACCGUCGAAUUGUGGUCUCGACCUCCCGCCUAACCAUCUAGAUAUUUUUUUUCACAUGUGGUCCUCGAAAUACACACUCGUCCAGCUUAUAGUCAUAGUGUCCGGUCUAGUUUUCUCAACCGCCUAGGUUGCUCUUAUUUUUACCUGCUACCCUGUUUUUCUGUUGUCAUUACAGGCUGCCAACCGACGUUUCACUGCCAGCUACCCAAAGCCGAGCCCUAUACAAACGGCAACUUCUAGAGGUAGCAAUGCAGGCGAGAAGGACAAGCGUUCUGUUGUGUGUACCCUCUGUUCUCAUCACUUUCGGCGGUCCUCUGACCUGCGUCGCCACAUGUUCCUGCAUUCUGGUGUUCGUCCCUAUGGUUGCGACUUUUGUAGCCGACGUUUCAUCAUCCAGGGCCGCAUGCUGCAGCAUAUGAUCAAGGCCCACGGAGAGGAGGGUAGCGCCCGGGCUGCCCAGUACUCGUUUUCAAGGCGUCGUUAUCUCCAGAGGUUGGCUCGACUGCAACGGACCUUCACAACGCCUCAGAAAUUUACCUGUCAUGUCUGUGGCGCCAUCUGUCGCACUCUGACAGGCCUGCGAGGCCACGUGCGUGCCCACACAAACACUAACAUAUACGCCUGUCCCCACUGCAACCGCUCCUUUCGCUCCUCGAUGCAGCGAAAGCGGCACCUUCGAGUUUGCUCCUCCAGCAGAACUGCGAGCCAUCCUACUGAGGCAGUCUUAGUGCCGCCCCAGCAACAAGUUCUGCCAGUUCUAGAACAGGACCCCUCCGGUAUGGGUAACUCUCAACUUGCAGUGGACGUCACCGCAAACCUUGUGGAUCUUGACCAGCAACCUGUCUACCCGGAGUGCGAAUCACACUUUGAUUUGGCAAACUACUUUCUGGAAGUCAAUGAAUCGGAGAGCAAAGUCAAGCCGGCUUCCUGGCUCUCGCUAGCUGAACGCGUGGGUGAGAAGAUGGAUGCAGGCCAGGCAUAUCGGCCGGUGGGCUUCACGGAUCUCCUUAUGACGGAUUCUCCUGACCCGCAGGGCUUUGAGUGCAUAGAUCUGAAUGAGGCUGUUGCGGAGACUGCCAGCCAUUCACGGACACAAGUAGAAAGCAGUGCCAACACCCCACCUGCUAGACGUCGACAAAGACUACCUUACGUCCCUCACAACGACGGUGACCGCACGAGGGAGGCUGCAGGAACGUGUGAUCAGUCGCGAGAUAGCUUGGAUGCACUCUGUGUCCCUUGGUGGCAGUGCAAACAGUGUAAGGAGUCCUUCUCUUCGGGUCGCCUCUUCUUGUGUCACCCCUGUGUCUGUGGCAAGCAGGAUAUCUUUCCGCGUCUACGCACACUGCAGCGGGCGACUGCACUGCCCUGGCGCGGCAACAGCAGCAGCAGCGACGACAGAUCGGUUCAGUGUGUUGACUGUGCAAAGACCUUCCCUACGCGCGCUGAACUGCGGCGCCAUGCUCGGACGCAUAGCCAGGAGAGACCCUUCGUCUGCGCCACCUGUGGUGCCACCUUCAGCCAGGCCUGUUCACUGGACAGGCAUGAGAGGACGCAUAACAAGGAGGAUGGUCGGAUCUAUCGCUGUCGUUUCUGUUCAUCAAGGUUUGUACAAAAGUGCAAUAUGUUUCGGCACAUGGCCAAAGAACAUGGCUUCACAAGAUUGGCGUCAGCAAAGAAGAAGACCUCGAAGAAGUGA